UGAGCCCAUGCCGGCUUAACCAAACAAGCUGUCCCUAGAAAAACCCUAGGAGUUAGGAUUGGCUCUCCUGCUGCGCGGGGAACCUCAGAGUCCGUGCUCUGUAACCGCCUCCCUCUGAACACCCAGCCAUGUCGUCCAGCAGGCGCGUGGCGCUGGUAACCGGGGCUAACAAGGGCAUCGGCUUCGCCAUCACUCGUGAGCUGUGUCGCAAGUUCUCUGGGGACGUGGUGCUCACCGCGCGGGACGAGGCGCGGGGUAAGGCGGCUGUGCAGCAGCUGCAGGCAGAGGGCCUGAGUCCCCGCUUCCACCAGCUGGACAUCGACGACCUGCAGAGCAUCCGCGCCCUGCGCGACUUUCUGCUCAAGGAGUAUGGGGGGCUCGACGUGCUGAUCAAUAAUGCGGGCAUCGCCUUCAAGAAUGCUGACCCAACUCCCUUCCACAUUCAAGCAGAAGUGACAAUGAAAACAAACUUUUUUGGUACCCAAGAUGUCUGCACCGAGCUACUCCCUCUAAUAAAACCCCAAGGCAGAGUGGUGAAUGUAUCAAGCAUGGAGAGUCUCAGGGCCCUGAAAAACUGCAGUCCGGAGCUGCAGCAGAAGUUUCGAAGUGACACCAUCACAGAGGAGGAGCUGGCGGAACUCAUGAACAAGUUUGUGGAAGCCACAAAGAGAGGGAUGCAUGAGAUGGAAGGCUGGCCUAAUAGUGCUUAUGCGGUGUCCAAGAUUGGGGUGACAGUCCUGUCCAGAAUCCAUGCCCGGAAACUCAGCCAGCAGAGGAGAGAUGACAAGAUCCUCCUCAAUGCCUGUUGCCCAGGGUGGGUGAGAACAGACUUGACAGGACCAAAAGCCCCCAAGAGCCUAGAAGAAGGAGCAGAGACCCCCGUGUACUUGGCCCUUUUGCCCCCAGAUGCAGAGGGGCCUCAUGGGCAGUUUGUUCAGCAGAAAAAAGUAGAAGAAUGGUGAACUCAACUCUCCCCCCUCCCCACAGCACCCUCUCCCUAGCUGUAACCUGUCUUGGUGAGGACUGUGGACAUUUAUAAUCUGCUGACAUAAUAUACUAAUUUAACUCUCAUUAAUUACAUGAGUCAUUGACCCUUGUAAUUCUGUGAAUUACUUUAUGAUUCUGUCUGUGAUACAGGAAAGAGAAAAAGUAAAUUCUCUAAAUAAAUAAAUAAAUAAAUAAAUAAAUAAAUAAAUAAAUAAAUAAAUGGUUCUUUAA